AUGCACCCCUCGAGAACACCACGCGCGCCUCCUCGCCAAAUAGCGCGCCCCAAGUUCGCCUCCACACCACGCUUCUUGUUCUCGCAGCGAGCAGUAACUCAGCACAAAGAGACCGAGGCUCAUGACUCUAUCGUUCUCGAAGAUGAGGCAAGCCCAUUACCAAACCCGCGUCCGACUCCAACGCCGGCGCAUGAUGCAUCGCGCCGGAAGGAAGCCAUUGAAGAUUCGGAGAGCGACCUGGACCUAGAGCAAGAUCCCAACCAACGGACUGCCGAUGGGGCUGGGCACAACAAUGAAGAGAUUCCGAGCAGCCCGCCGGCAGACAUGACCGAGAUAGCCGCAGAAAUUGAAGAACUCUUCGGUCCGACAAGGCAUCGCUCUAAACGGCGCCGUAUUUCUGUCUCCGCCUCUGCUACCCUAGCCACGCCUGAGGUUCAGAAGAAAAAGCCACACGAUGCUAUUUUGACCUCCUCCCCGGAACCCUGGCCAUUUGCUUCUACACUUGCAACCAACCACGAUCCGCCCUCGCCAUCCCUACCAUACCGUACAACACCUCAAAGCCUCAGGACGCCUCGACCACAACCACGGGCACCGACACCAGAAUUAGCAACGCCCGCGACAGCCAAACCUUCCGUCCGUGGUUAUCCACGUUUUCUAGUCUCAUCUGCAUCUCAAGCGCCUCCAAAGCCGGCCUUCGUUUUACCCCGCUCGCCCUCGCCCGAUCACGCAGGUCAUGCAGGGUCAAACGCUAUUCCGACGCCAUUCUCCCCAUCAUCUCAUGCGCUUCGUCGCCGCGGGCGGCAGCGUUCGUCAACACCCAGCUAUCUCCCCGGCGGCAUGGCUUCAGAGGUGCGCAGCUGGGUUUUAGAGAUGGGGACGAAGCGCGAGCAGCAAAGGCAGAUCCAGAAUGCUCUGGGUUCUGGAAACACCGGUGUAGACUCGUCCUCGGUCGACCCUUCGAAAUACUCGAUCAUGCUGCGGAUAUUUGAUGUCCGUCAAUCUGCGCUUGGGAGUUGCGGUCCGCUUGCGUUCAUACGAGGUCAGACUGUGGCAGCAGCGUCGGUAUCUUCUGAAGGUCAGAUGCGUAGUGCCGAUACGGAUGCCGAUACAGCAGACCAUAAUACAAGAAACGUCCUACUUAUGGGUGCUCCGCGGUUGCGCGCUGGUGAGCUGCGGCCCUUGUCCCGGGUUCCUACUCUUCAAGCAGGGGACAUGGUGGGUGUUCUCCGCGGGCUAGUUUGGGAGUUACCUGACAUGGAGAGUGGUUUAUCUGCUGGUCGUGAACAUGAGCGGAUCUUGCAGGGCGAGAACGAGCAGUCUCCGGGGUUGGUGCUGGGGAAAUGGCUGGUUGGGAUGGAGUGGGACGUGAUAUCCCCUGCGUAG